AUGUCUUCAGAUAAGCAAGAAGAGAGAAUCUAUUAUGGUUCUCUUGAAGAAUAGGAGAGACAAAGAAUAAUAGAUGAAGAAAAGCAAAAAUAAGAAAGAAAAUAGCAAUAAGCUUCUCAAUCUGCUCCUAAUAGCAGCUCAGAUUAAUAAUAAUCAUAAUAAGUCUAAACAGGAUAAUUAAAAAGCUUGGGAGGAAAGUAAUUAAAAUCUUUAGCUGACAAAGAUAAGUCACAAACAAAUGUGUAGAUAGAAGUAUUGGAAUUAUCAGAACAUGCUCUAGAAGAAAAGAGAAGACAUGAUGAAAAUAUGAGAAAGUUAGAACUUCAAAAAAAAGCAUCAACUAUGAUUGUACCUACAAAUGAUAAAGAAGUAAAAUAUAGAUUGAGAUAAUUAGGUCAUCCUAUUUGCUACUUUGGUGAAAAUAAUGCUGACAGAAGAGAGCGUUUGAAAAAGGUUUAAGCUGAAUAUAUUAUGGAACACGGCGAUUUACCUCAAUUUAUUAAAUUAGAAGAAAAGCAAAAGUAAAAUGAUGAGAAUGAACAUUUCUACUACCCAGGUAUUAAAGAAUUGAAAGAAAUUAGAGAAGAAAUAGCUACUUACUCUCUUCUUAAGUCUUCGCGUAGAGUCUAUAAAUCUAAAGUUGGUAGAAUGGAGGAAGACCCAUUAGUAGAAGAAAAAAAGCAAAUUAGUUCUCUCAACAGAGCUAUGAAAUUUGAUGUUUGUGUUAGUUAAUUCGCUGAUUCAAGUAUUGUUUUAAGAGGUGCUUUUUCUCCUGAAUGUGAUCUUUUAGCAACAGCAGGCGGUUCUGGAGUCUCCAAAAUAUGGAAUAUUCCUAAUUCAGAUUUAAAAUGCAGAUUAGAAGGCCAUCUUAGUAAGGUCCAUGAUAUUGUUUGGAAUCCAGAAACAGGUAGUAUGAGUCAUAACUCUUUUGGGCAUUUGGCUACAGGAUCUAGUGAUACAAAUAUUCGUUUAUGGACUAUGGACCCUGCUGCUGAAUUAUAAAAAUCAAUUGUUUUAAGUGGACAUGAAGAUAGAGUUAAUAGACUCAGUUUCCAUCAAACAGGAAAAUAUCUCUUUUCUACUUCUCACGAUAUGACUUGGCGUUUUUGGGACAUCGAGCGUCAGAAAGAAAUUUACGUAUAAACUGGUCAUACUAAAGGAGUAUAUGCUAAUGCACUUCAUCCUGAUGGAUCUCUUAUUUUUACAGGAGAUCUCUAAGGUUAUGGAAUGAUUUGGGAUUUAAGAACUGGUAAAGGUAUACUACCUUUUUCAGGUUAUCAUGUUAAAGGUAUUUUAGCAGCUGAUUUCUCUGAAAAUGGUUUCUAAUUUGUAACUGGUAGUGAAGAUAAUACACUUAGAGUAUUCGAUAUUAGAAGAAGGGCUUGUAUGCAUACUCUUCCUGGUCAUCUUAAACUUAUCAGUGAUGUUAAAUUUUAGAAAAAUGGAAGCAAUUACUUUGUCUCUGUUAGUUAUGACAACACACUCAAAUUAUGGAAUGCAAAAGACUUUUCACUAGCCAAAACAUAUAAAUCCCACGAAUCUAAAAUCACUUCAGUUACCUUGGAUUAAUCUCAGAAGUAUUUUGCAACUACAUCUCUAGAUAGAAAGUGGAUGUUAUGGGAAUAUAAAGAUUUCUGA